CUGGAACAUGGGCUGGUGGAAUGAGUUGAGUUCUACUCGGGACCGAACUGGUUUACUCCUUGUUUAGCCGCCGCCUCCUCUCAUGACAUCAACACUGCGGAGAGCCGCCGCGCGCUCAGACUCUGCUGCAGAACGCCAGUGCGCAAAGCGGAUCGUGCGGUAUUGAUGAGUGAUUGGUGAUCUAUCAGCAUGUCGCUGUACGCGUCUCAGAUUAAAGCGUUUAAGAGCGCGGAGCCCAAGACACUUGGCGCUAUUGAGAUCAUAAUUGGUGUGUUUACUGUCAUUUUGAGCACAAUUGUGUAUAAGCUGCACUACCAUAUCCAGCGUGAAAUCAUCAUCCUCAUCGUCAACGGUGCUCAGCUUGUCAUAACUGGUGUUGUCCUGGUGCACACUGGGAGGAAGCCAUCUAAAUGUCUGCUGCUGACAACAAUUGUUCUGCAGUUACUAACAGCAGCAUUUGAUAUUGUUGGAUUUGGGCUCAUGGCCAGACACAUCCCAUUCAGAGGAGAGUCGUACUACUACAGGGACACAGAGUGGUGUUGUGACCCACUUCACUCUGUUUCGGCUUGCUGUGGAGAUGGAGGGAAAGAGGCACAAAAAGAGUUCUUAGUGAAUGGAAUCUUGGUGACACUGAUCGGUUUCCUGAUGCUGGCAUGUGCCAUUGGUUUGGUUGUUUCUCUUUUUGGGGUCUACACCCUUUCUGUUAGUGCCAUAAAGGAGAUGACGCCCAUCCCUCACUCUACAGCAAACCAACAUUAUGGUGUUGGUGUUCAGACCCAGAAAACGAUCCAUGCUGGAAACUGAUAAAAUAAGAGGCAGAAGGGCACAGUUUUAGCACAGUUUUUCGGUUUUUCGCCAACUGCAAAAGAGGACUGUUUCACCUACAAACCACUCACAGGUAACCAACCACAACCACA